CGACACCAAGCUCAACGUCCCAGGGCUACCUCACCCCAUACUCUACCGGCUCACCAUAAUGGCCCGCCUCACACUCUGGCCGCAACUCACCACCCUCGCGGGUCUCCUGCUCGCAUUCACGGCCCUCCUGCACAACGUCCCCACCGCCCACGCCAUCAAGUUCUCUCUGCCCCCACAGCGCUCCCCGCAGCCCAAGUGCAUCUGGAACGCCGCGCACCCGCACGCGCUCGUCAUCGUGACCGCGAACGUGGGCUCGGGCGGCGGACAGCGCGUCGACGUCGAGAUCAUCGACUCGAGCCCGGAGCGCAACGUGUACCUCUCCAAGCGCGACAUCAGCGGCGAGACGCGGCUCGCUGUCACGGCGCACGGCGAGGGCGAGGUCGGCGUGUGCAUGAAGAACACGCUGAGCACGGAUAUUUCGGCGCUGCAUGCGAAGAAUAUGACGAGGGUGAUUGAUUUGGAGGUGGAUAUUGGGGCGGAUGCGGUGGACUAUAAUGCUAUUGCCAACCAGGAGUCUCUGUCCGGCCUGGAGACCGAGAUGCGCAAGCUGGAGGGCAUUGUGAAGGAAAUUACGGACGAGCUCGAGUACCUCAAGAAGCGUGAGGAGCGGUUUUCCGGGACUAAUGAGUCGACAAACCAACGAGUACAAAGCUUCGCCUGGUUCUCUAUAAUUUCGCUCGCCUGCCUAGGCGUCUGGCAGGUAUUCCACCUUCGCGCCUUUUUCAAGCGCAAGUACCUCAUCGACUAGUCGAACAAAAAUGGGUUUUUGGCGAUGUCUAGAUACGAGCUUCAUGUGCGGUCUACUCUAUCUAAUGGACUUGCAUGCAUCAGCGGAGCGAGUGUCGGUUUCAUCCAAGUAAGCUGAGGCCUGUGAGUUCGUCAUCGAGUCUUCCUUUGGGGUCGAGGUGCUCCUUUUGUUCUGUGUCUUCGCUACUGUUGUCAUUCGUGGAUUUGAUACGGCGAGCUUUUCCCCUCCAACGGUUGACUUUUGUCAGCAACAGUGACUCGAUAUCUUCUAUGCUUUCAGUUUGGUUGAUGGCCACUCGGAAUUUUGCAUACCAAGGUUUCCGCGAGCACUGGUGCUCAACAAAUCGCCGCACAUGCGCUCGAACAUCGUGGAUGGUCGCACAUCCUUGGUGUUCCCUGCAUAACUCCAAGUACUCGAGCGAUAUCUGGACUGGAUCUGGAACUAUGUUUGCGAAUAUACAUGGGUUUCCCAACAGCGUCUCGCCCACCAUACAUCCAUCCGCGCUGGUAUAUGUACGAUUGUCUUGUAGGUCGUUCCACGUGCGCACGUUUCCAUUACUGAUGACUGGUAUUCGAAGCGAAUCCUUUAGCUCCUUCACCACUUGUAGAUCCGCAACUCCUUGCCUCCGCCUCCGUGCGGAGACAUGGCGGGCGUGCAAAGUGACCCACGACGUCCCCGAGGCCUCGAGGAGAGUGCCGAGAGGGAGCGUAUCAGGCGCAUGUUGGCAUAGUCUGAUCUUGGUGGAGACGGGAACUGUGAGAGAGGUGGAGAGGGACGAGACUAUGCUUUGAACUAGAGGCCAGUCCUUUCUUCCGAGGAGAUAUCCUCCGUAGUGACCCUCGCGGGCGUGCUCUUGCGGGCAGCCGAGGUUCAGAUC